AAGAUUUCAUAAUGAUAAAACAUAUCAUGUGAACUGUCAUCUAAAUUAUGGAUACAGUUUCAUAUAUCAUGUAAUAUAUUUUGUAAGGUCAUGCUUGCUAGUCUCUUCAAGUUGACAAAUGAUUCGAAAAUAAUAUACAUUUUGUAUUACCAAAAAUAGAUAAAUAAAAAAUUACGAAAAUCUAUCUUCAUGAAAUAUUUCGUCAGUGGGGUCUUAUAUAAAAGAUGGAAAAUUUCUUUAGUGUGUAUUCUGGAAUAGUUCUGAUCGGUGACGGUUAAAUAAGGCAUUUAACAUCGGAGAAGCAGCAUUCUGUACAAAACACAAAAUGUAAACACAGAAAAUUAUUUUUAAAACAUGCACCACAAUCGGUCUGGAAGGAAAUAUAAUAAUUGCACAUCAACUAAUGACUCCAGAUACACAACCAUUGCUUCAGAAGAGAAUUAUGGGGAAUUUGAAAUGGAAUUUAUUCAGCCUCAGUUUCUUCCUCCAGUUGUAGAAGAAUAUCAAGCCAAAGAUUAUUCCUUUUAUGUUCCACCAUAUAACUGUAUUCCAUACGUCAUGGAUGAAUUUUUGCCAGAGUUUUCGUAUGAUUGGGGUCCAGACCUUUGCGAUGAUACAGAUGAUGAUUAUGAUAAUGAUCAAGAUAUAUACGAAAUUGAAAUCAGCUCACCUCCAUCUAGAUCCAUAUCACAGAAUAUCCUGAAUCUUAUAUCACCGACUCAAGUUGUCGAUAAUAAUGAUGAAAUUCCUUUUCCCAGUUACUUGUAUGUCGAUAAUACAGAGACAAAUACUGUCAAUAUCAGAUACCAACGUGCCAAUGACUAUUACUACUAUCCCCAGAAUUAAUUGGAAUGAAUUUUUAAAACACCAUUGCAUUAAUUGCAAUUUGAAAAUAAUAUAGUUUUGUUUCAUUUUCUUA